UUUACAUUAUGUAUCAUAAAGAUAUACGUAACUUUAUCCAAACCUGUGAAUUUAUAAAUUGUGCUCAAUUUAGAUUUAGAGUUCAAUUUCAAAACUAGUAAUUUAUAACUACUUAUUUCAGGAAUUUCAAAUGGACCAAAACACUCCGCGCCCAGGGCCUGUUAACCAGUCACUACUCACGUUGCCACUUCGUGCCCAUCGUGCAGACCGUGUCUGGUAUGAACCAGAUUCCAAAGACUCGUGCUUGAAAUGCGUCAGUUGCCCUUCAGCUGCAUUCGGAUGUGAAGCGCGACAUCAAAGGGUGAUAAAUAUGUUAGCAUAUGCUGGGUUCUUGGGGGUAGAGCACAUUGCCCGUAUGAAGGUGGACCAUAGUUUAAUAUGCGCGUUGGUGGAGAGAUGGAGGCCGGAGACACAUACUUUCCAUCUUCCGUUCGGUGAGGUGGGCAUUAGUCUACAAGAUGUGGCGGUAAUCCUUGGUUUGCCCAUUCAGGGUAUGCCCCUCAGUGGUCCAACCAUUAGGGGUAAGGAUCAGUGGAUCGACCUGUGCACUCAGUCGUGUGGUUUCACUCCUCUACAGACUGAUAUGCGCACGACUGAUAUCACUAUGAGUGCUGUUACCCGUAACCGGAUCCUAGAUGACAGUACAGACGAAGAGGUCACCCAACACACCAGGACUCUAAUAUGGCAAUUGCUUGGAGGGUUUUUGUUCCCUGACACGAGUGGGGCAAGAAUACGAUUGUACUUUUUGGAGGUCUUGCAGGGUGACUUGGCUUUAGCCCGUCGCUGGAGUUGGGGAUCAGCGGUUCUCGGCUACCUCUACCAUAACUUGUGCAACGGCGCGAUGUGGGAAACCAAACAAGUUGGCGGUUGUAUGCACUUGUUACAGAUUUGGGCUUGGUCGAGGAUUUCGAUGGUCCGUCCCUCAGCACUUCAGGUCAUUCAACAUGGCCAUCUUCCAUAUGGGUGCAAGUGGAUCGUCCCCAAGUCCUAUAAGGGAUCCCCAAGACAUUGCAUACGCUUGUACCGGGAUGACCUAGACCGCAUGAGUGAGAGUCAGUUUGAUUUCACUCCCUACGCGUCCGAGAUGCUCCCACCUCUCAUCCUUGAUGAUGCUCCGCUUUGGUCGGCUAGAGUUAUGCUCAUAUUUUGCAAUAUGGCCGAAAUGCAUUACCCGGAUCGAUUUCUUCGGCAGUUCGGUAUAAGGCAAGACAUUCCGAAUGCUCCUUUUCCGGGUACUGAUCAUCACGGAUCUCGUUCCAACAUAGUAAUUCGUGCCUUGACGAUGUGGGCGGACAUACAACAUCAUAUAUACUUUCUUGAUUAUGGUCGAUAUAUGUCCUUCGAAGCAACUAAAAGGUACCGAAACUGGUACAAGAAGCAUGGCAUGACACGUGUCCAGAACCCUUCUCACAAUGUGCCCACGACAGGCUACACCCCGACAGCACACGAUUGGGGUAUUGUGGUAAGUUUUUGAAUACAUACCAUAUUCGCUACCAUAUAUCGUGUCAUAUUAUUUACACGUGUAACAUUUUUAUGUAGAAGCAAGGCGUUCACGAGGUGUAUCAGCUCUUAGCCGACCGCGCGAGUUACGAGGAUUGUCAAAAAAGACUACGGCAGAUGGCCCUGGAUGUAGGUGAUGAAGAUAUGCUCCACCGGGGCAUAUUCCACUAUGAAGAUGAAGAUGCGGGUGGAAGUGACGAAGAGAAUGAUUCAGAUGAACGUGAAGAUGGGGGUGAGGACUCACAAGCGCCCCCUCAAUUCUCAACACAGGGUGUCUCAUUUGAUCAACCACCCCCUCAAUUCUCAACGCAUCAAGGUGGGUCAUUUGAUCAACCACCGCCGCAUUAUGAUUCUUAUCAGUGGUCCACACAACCGGAUGAUUAUGUUGAGUCAUUUCUGAAUUCGUCUUUUCACUAUGGAGACACAACGGGGCCUUGGAACACUG